GAGGCGCCCAGCAACAGCGGGAGGGGCCGCGCGCUGCACCUGGGCGCGAGGCGCUGCGCAUUUAAAGCCCCGCUCAGGUGUGGGUGCGUGGAGACUGCUGCUACUGCUGCUGCUGCUACGACUGCUGCUGCUGCUGCGAUAUCUCCACUGCUGCUGCACAUCGCUCGCGCGGAGAUGGCCGACGGGAUGGACAUGGCCUCCAUCGAGGAGACGUUCAGGAGGUUCGCCGUGCACGGCGACACCAAGGCGAGCGGCAAGGAGAUGAACAACAAGAAUUGGGCGAAGCUGUGCAAGGACUGCAAGGUGAUCGACGGGAAGGGCGUGACCAGCACGGACGUCGACAUCGUCUUCUCCAAAGUCAAGGCCAAGUCGGCUCGCACCAUCACCAUCACGGAGUUCCACGCCGCCAUUGCCGAGCUCGCGCCCAAGCGCUUCAAGGGCCGGAGCGCCGAGGAGGCGCUGCCAGCGCUGCACGCGCUGCUGGCCGGGGCUGCUCCGUCCAACACCGGCGUCACGAAAGCGGCGGCGGUGGGCGGCGUGGAUCGGCUCACGGACGCCUCCAAGUACACGGGCUCGCACAAGGAGCGCUUCGACGCAGACGGAAAGGGGAAGGGCAAGACGGGUCGCGCCGACACCGUGGUGAACUCGGGAUACGUGGGCAACUACAAGGGCGUGGGUACCUACGGCGACAAGGUGGCCAAGUGAGAGGGAGCGCCCCCCGCUCUUCUCCCCCCCCACCCCCCCCCCCACCACCCCAGCCUCUGAAUGCCACUAAGCUCCUUCACAGACACCCACCGCUGUGAAAAAAGAGCUUCAUAGCUCAUCGGAUUCCCUCCAGUCUAAAUAAAGAUCCUGAUACCGAGCCACCGGCGCCAACUGUGCACCUCACCGCCCCCGGCCUCGCCCUGCCAAGGGCCCCCACAGCCGCACGCGCGGUUUCAUACGCACGGGGCACGCGUGCCAUUGCGUCGGAGCGGCGGUGUUGUUGGCCACCGUUGCACGAGCGAGCACUUUGAGACAGUGGGGGCCGCGAGCGGCACGGCAUCUGCCCCGACCGCAGCCUCCGCGUGUCGCUCGGAAUGACCCGGAUUGGUUCGUUGAGCUUCGAGCAAGUUCGCUGAAGUCAAACAAUUCAAAGAAUCUCACGAUGCCCGGCAGAGAUAAGGCGUCGUCGAGUUACCAAAUGAGAUAGAGACAGAGCAAAAGAUUAGAGGAGCAGUGAGUCCGUGUGCGCACGUGUGUGUGUGUCAGUGUGUGCGUACGGUGUGUGUGUGUGUGUCAGUGUGUGCGUACGGUGUGUGUGUGUGUGCGUACGGUGUGU